GGGCUCCUUUCGGCAUUUAUUUGUAAAUUUCGCCCCAAACUUCACCCUCCGUCAACCUGUCAAACUGACUAGAAUGACAGUUCGCCAUCACGUCACUUGUCAUAAUUUCAAGUUUUUGGAAAUUUCGAAAAAAUCACAAGUCCAUUAUCUCCGGAACACUUCCCAGCCGCUAGACUUUGAUUGAUUACGUGUGUAAAGCGAUAGACAGCGAUAAGAGUACCCAAAUAAGUACACCCAGUGCUCCUAACCUAGCUUCCAAUUAUGUACAAGUUCGCAGUUUAAUCACACUAAUCGAAAAUGUCGAAUCGUAAACCAAACAGUGCAACCUCAAGACUAAAACAGGACUAUUUGAGACUAAAACGAGACCCAGUACCUUAUAUCACAGCAGAACCUCUACCAUCAAACAUCCUGGAAUGGCAUUACGUGGUGUGCGGGCCCGAGAACAGCCCCUACGAAGGGGGCUACUACCACGGCAAGCUCGUUUUCCCGCGGGAGUUCCCGUUCAAGCCGCCUUCCAUCUACAUGAUCACCCCCAACGGGCGGUUUCGAACCAACAAGAAGCUGUGUUUGAGCAUAUCCGACUUCCAUCCCGACACGUGGAACCCGGCGUGGAGCGUGUCCACGAUCCUCACAGGACUCCUUAGUUUUAUGCUGGAGAAAAGCCCCACUCUUGGCAGUAUAGAGACUUCCGAAUACGACAAGCGCCAGUUCGCUUACCACUCUCUGGAGUUUAAUCUCAAGGACAAAGAGUUCUGCGACUUGUUCCCAGACACGGUUACCAGAAUUCAGGAGGUGUUGACUCAGCGGAGCACCGCCAAUAACAACGUGCCGGACACGCAGAAGCCCUCCCGGUCAGUAACUGAACCAAGCAGUUUCCAAUCAUGUAUUACUAAUCUGAUAGUAUUUAUUGGUGUUGCUGCGUUCGCGAUUACUGUUAAAUAUGUAGUGAUAACGACGGCGUCGGAAACCGAAUAGGGCCCCUAAGACACGACAGUGUUAUUUUGUUUUCUAUUUUUUUGUUUUUGGUUUUAGUUUUUCGAGUUCAGGAGAUCGGCGCAGGAUUCUAUUCAAUAUUUUUAGAAAAAUUAAGGGAAUUUUUUGUAGAGCACGUCAGGUUUAGUCUAGUAGUUUCAGGAAACCUUGUAACAAGAAAACGCGUUUUCCUUUAAGAUACUUUACGAGUUUUACUUAAAUUUUUUUAUUGAAGUUUAUUGGUUAAAUUCCUCCAUGUAAAUAACUUGUGUAAUAUAUUAUAAUGCUAGUAUUAUUGUUAUUAAUAUUUGUAUCAUAUUGGUUGUAAUAUUAAAUACUUUUUUUUCUCA